CUGUUCUCAGAGGCAUUCUUUUCUGACAAACAUUUGAAAAAUAAAAAUGUCAUAUGGAGCUGUUGACGGUAGCAGCUUCAGUGGACGGAAUCCAUUUGGAGGGCCUUCCAGGCAAGGAUAUCAACCUUUAGCAUCACAAAUCGAUCCCAAUGAAAUACAAGAAGUCUUUCAGGAGCUUACAGCCAACAUUUUCCGCAUUAACACAAAUGUGACUUCCUUAGAGAAGAGUUUGCAAGCUCUGGGGACGCCUAAUGAUACACAAGAGCUCAGAGAUGGACUGCAUACAACUCAGCAGGAGACGAAUAAAACCAUCAGUUCAUCGACAAAGUAUAUUAAGCAGCUCUCGGAAAUAGUACGCGGAUCGUCCAGGAGGGAAUGGCUGCAGUUGGACAGGCUGAAAAACCAGCUGUCGGACUCCAUUCAACGUUAUGGAGCUUUGCAGAAGAAAGUUGCUGAAAAGUCCAGAGCACUGUUUCCUGCAACAUUGAAGAACAGACAGAUUGCCGAGAAUCCCUUUACUGAAGUUAGUGAUGAGGAUGAGUUCCUUGGCAGAGGCCACGGUAAAUGGCAGGCCACAGCUGAAUCUUCAGAUCGUGGGCAGGGCCAGAGCCAGGCUUUCUUUUCAGAGGUCACAGAGGAUGAAGUUGAAUCGAUAAAACAACGAGAGGAGGCAUUAUUGCAGAUUGAGGCAGACAUGCUGGAUGUGAAUCAGAUUAUUAAGGACCUGGCAUUACUUGUGCAUGAACAGGGAGAGAACAUUGAUAGUAUUGAAGCCAAUAUUGAGAGAGCAGCUACAAAUGUUGACACAGCUAAUGAGCAGCUAAUGAAAGCAAGUCAGCACCAGAUGGAGCACAUUCAUCCCUCGUCAUAAUUACAAGGCAAGCGGAGUAAAGCAGCCUUAUGGAAGUGAAUCAUUGCCAGCUCAAUCAAAAAUGGAUUCUUCUAUCAAUUUCCGUCUCCAUCUCAAUUCAUCAUACUUUCCUUCUCUCCUGAAUUAAUUGUCAUCAUAUUGACUCCCUCUGUUUAACUUUCCCCACUCACUUUAUGUAGUCUCAUUGUUCACAUUGCCACUAUCCCAGGCAGUACACUAUCUGAUACUUCUCUAGGUUUCUCACAUUGACUUCCUUCCCUCUGGCGGCCAAACCUCUUGUGUCUUCCACUGGUACAUGCUCUCCCUCAAUUUACUUACUUUGAAUAUCAAUUGAAUCUCAAUCUCAACUUUUGCCCUCCACUCAUCCUGAUCUUUCUGUGUGCCAUAUCAUCUCCAUUUUUAAUGUACUACCCCCCCCCCCCCCCCCAGUUUAACCUUUAGUCUCUUUAACUCUGAAUGAUCGCACUGAUGAAGCCCUUAUUUCUGACCUGCCAAUCUGGAAGAACAAGGUCUUGAAAGCUUAGAGUAGUCAUCUGGUAGAGAUGUUCACUCCCGUUCUGGGCUGGCCACACAAACACUCUCUUAUCUGACAAAACCAGUCACUGUUCCUGGAUCAGGCUGAAAUGCAAGCAUCAGUUUUGACACCAUUUCUUCACUGGAAUUGCCUGCUUAAAUUUUAUUUUCCUGUCUCCAAACUUUCAACUCCAUCAACAAUAUGGGAGACUCAGGAUCUUCCUUGUCACUGAGACUGAAGCUACAUGUAGCUAUGUUAUCACUUACCCCGUCUUGGUUACCAGAUAUAUUUUUUGGUUUCUUCUGCUUCGGACUUGAGACUUCGCCUUUCUCUUGGUUUCUUUCCUCCUUCAUCCAAAACCUCUCCUGGCUCAUUCUAAAUCCAUCUUCUGCUUGUUUAGCAAGCAAACAUAAGGAAAUCUGCAGAUGCUGGAAAUUCAAACAACAACACACAAAAUGCUGAUGGAACACAGCAGGCCAGGCAGCAUCUAUAGGGAGAAGCUAAACAACUGCACCUAAGUCUCUGGAUAGAGUCCUGACGAAGGGUCUCGACCCGAAACGUCGACAGCGCUUCUCCCUGUGGACGCUGCCUGGCCUGCUGUGUUCCAUCAGCAUUUUGUGUGUGUUUCUACUUGUUUAGCCCUGUUUCUGUUUAAAGACUGACCUUACCACUUCCUUUACUAGAUUCUUAAUCUAUAAUGUCAUAGAUUCGUAUCUUCAAUUCUGCCACUGUCACUUGUCUCCUCUAAAUAAAAAAAAAAUGCCACCUUGUUCCCUCUAAACAACUGCACCUAAAUCUCUGGAUAGUGUGGGCAUGCAGAGGAUAUUUCAGUUAGUGGGAGGCUCUGGGUUCUGGGGGCACAGCCUCGGAAUAAAAGGAUGUCCCUUUCGAAAUGAGGUGAUGAAGAAUUUCUUUAGUCAAAAGGUGGUGAAUUUGUGGAACUCAUUACCAUAGAGGGAUAUGUACACCAGGUCACUGGGUGUAUUUAAGGUAAAAAUUGAUUCUUGAUUGGUGAAAGGUCUCAAGCUUAUUCAGAGAGGGUAGCAGAAUAGGGUGGAUAGAAAAUGCUAUGAUUAAAUGGUGGAGCAGGCUCAGUGGGUCAAAUUGCCUUGACCAUUUGGUGUGGUCAAUCAUAUGAUUCUUACUAAUUCUCCUCCCCACUUUUCCAGCCAGGUCUGCUGGCACUAUAUAGUCACAGACAGAAAUGGCAUCACUUCCCACUUCUGCACUGUUUUUCUGAGAAUCCAUUCAUAUACAGCCUCCUGUUAGCAUUGUCCAAUAAGCCAGCGAAAAUUUCCACAUGGAUGUUUGUGUAGUUUUCUCAUAAACACUUUGGAAUUUUCUGUGGCUUCCAAUGCUUGGUUGGCAUCCAGUCUGGCUCAGAAGGUAUUUCUUGCAAGUCCUUUGUCGAGGAGAAUAAAGCCAUUGUUAUUGGUCCCUUGCACAUCCCAAUGCUACCUUAUCCUUCAGUAACACCCCCUGUCCCCUCACAUUCCCCACUGAAGCUAUUGAACAUGUAUUGACUACUUCUAACUUUGUCUAUUCUUGGCUAGCCCAUGAUUUCUACUCUCUGUAAUUCUAAAACCAUCUAAAUAUUUGAUCUCCCCAGUACUUAAUCGCCUGCACUGGCAUUUGUUCAGCAAGACCUUGUUCUCAACUUGUUCUUAAGUCUCUUAAUGGUUUAAUUUUGUAACUCCCCCAAGUCCGACAUUCCAAAUAUAUUAACACAUUUUCAACGAGCAUUCCAUUGGCAUCCACAAUCCUAAACUCUUGUCUUCUUUCUCUAGUCCUCUGUGUCUCUCCUCCUCUCAUUCCUCCAACAUACUCAAAACCUACAUCUUCAACCAAGCUUUUGGUGAUUGCCCUAAUACUUUUGUAAGUGGCUUGCUGUCAUACUUUGUGUGAUAAUAUAUGUAAAGUGCCUUGAGAUAUUUUGUUGCAUUAAAAGGUACAUAAUGAGUACUUGUUGCUGUUACUGGACUGCAGAGGUGCCUAUGAUCUAAGAAAACUGAAAGAGUUCGACAUUAAAUUAGGACUGGAAAAGAAUACCUUCACACAUGAAAGCAGCAUUUGCUUUGGUUAGCACCUUUCUUUCUAAUACAGCUAG